CGUGCAAGUUCGAUGGUGUCGGACAAGUGGCAGCAGACUACACCGAAUCUUUUUCCCAUGGGAUACCUGGGCCAUAUCAUUUAAGGAAGAAAAUUAAUUAAUCAUAGGUCAGAUGUGGAAAAGGAUACUGAGCAUAUCUUAUUUUUGAGUUCUACUGUGCAUAUCUUUUAAUCAAGAGAGAUAAUUGAUUGCUCUUUAUUAAAAUAUACCGAGCAUAUCUUUUUAUCAAGAAAAUCAAUUAUCUUCGAGACGCCAAAGAAAUCAAGGAAACUAAUGUGGGAGAUCUUCCCUAUAUUAGGUCUAUCCAAUUUUAUUGAUUCAAAGAUCUUCUGGGUGUAUACAAUAAAUUCUCCCUAGUAAGGAUCAUGUAUUUAAGCCUGUGCCAAGCGCUCCGCUUGAGACAGACUAGAUGAGUGGAGGAUCGAUUGUUAUUGCACUCUCUCCAUCUCAAGAUCAUUGGUGAUCACAAUCACGCUUGCAACAUGCCACAUGAUGCGCGCCGUUUGUUACUAGUACUCUUUGUGGUUUCUUUGAAUCAUGUGGUAGCAAAUUCGACAAGGUCACUCGGGCCAUCUCAUGAGCAUCCGAGGAGAUUAGUACAUCACAUACCAGUUCCAUCCGUGAACAGCAGUUCUGAGGUCACUGGUUCAGUUUCGAAGCAAGCAGCGGCUUCGGCCCAAGGAGUGGAUCGAAUUGCACAUGGACUAAAUCUCAAGGUACCUUCUCGUGUGUCGAAGCUUGUCUCCGGGCCCCUGCCAGCAAUCAAAACUGACUCACCUGACCAGUUCCGCAGCAAGCUUCGACUACCACACUUUGCGAAGCCAAGCCACUAUGAGCUACAUUUCCGCCCCAACCUCGUCUCUUACACCUUCUCCGGUGUCGUGGCAGUCAAUGUCACCGUCAUAACACCCACCCGUUUCCUCGUUCUCAAUGUUGUGGAACUCAUGGUUGACCCUGCUUCCAUAAAAUUCAAGUGUUUAGUGCCGACCGAGGUGGUGUUUUUUAAGGAUGAUGAAAUUAUGGUAAUUGGUUUUCAGAAAGAGCUUCCAAUAGGUGAUGGUGUGCUCAGGAUGCACUUCAAUGGCACUCUCAAUGAUGAGACGAGGGGAUUUUUCAAGAGUGUGUGUGUGUGUGUGUUUGUGUGUUUGUGUGUUUGUGUGUGGGUUGGGCAGUGAUAUUCUACUGUUGUGGGUAGAAUAACUACUUUACACACAAGGCAAAAAAAACAGUAAGCCAUGUAGGAAAAAUA